ACCCUUCAAUGUCCGAAGAAAGCACCGCCUCGCGCCUGCUCUUGUUCAUGUAUCCAUCCAUUUCUUCUCCAAGCUCUCUUUCCUUCUCCCCGUACUCUUCACCGGCAACCACCAUUAUUGCUGAUCCCAACCUUUUCGUUUAUAAGUCGUCUUCUCCAGUUGCUCUGCUGAUUGAUACCUGCAAAUUUUCGCACUUCUUUCGGUUGAUUGUUGAAGCUUAAUGUUCAAUUAAACAACUGAGAAAGAAUGAGCUAUAUUCAAGCUAAUAUAUGCCAACCAUGCAACUAUGUACCAAAUAGUUUUGAAGCAUGUCGUCCACCUUCCACAUCAUAUGUCAUACCACUCCAUUAUAAUCAUUCCCGAUGGACUUCGUUGAAGGUGAGCACCAGUGCAUCAAAACACUCUAAAUAUGAACUUGUCUUGAAGCACCGGAAUCAUGUGCCUGCGAUGAAAUACCAGCGAGGUGCCCCUGUUUGUUUGCUUGGUGGAAAGGAUAAAUCAGAGGGCAGUGAUGAGAUAUCACCAUGGAAAGCUAUUGAGAAAGCAAUGGGGAACCAGUCAGUUGAGGAUCUUUUACGGCAGCAGAUGAAAAAACAAGAAUAUUAUGAUGAAGGCAGUGGCAAAAAUCCACCAGGUGGUGGAGGUGGCGGUAACGGUGGCAGGGGUGGAGAUGGUUCUGAAGGACCAGAAGAUGAAGGCUUUACUGGGAUCAUGGAUGAAACUCUGCAAGUGGUUUUAGCAACUAUGGGCUUCAUAUUUCUGUAUGCCUACAUCAUCACCGGUGAGGAGCUUGCUCGGCUUGCAAAGGACUACAUUAAAUUUCUCUUUAGUGGAAGCAAGAGUGUUCGUUUAACACGUGCAAUGAAUCGAAUCAAAAGAUUCUUUGACAGGCUGACCGAGAAGAAAGUCAAUGAUAAAUACUGGUUGGAAAAGGCAAUUAUCAAUACCCCAACAUUGUAUGACAGCCCUGAGAAGUACAGGCGUAUUAUGAGGUCGUUAGAUUCGAGUACUGAUGAGUAUCCCUAAAGUCCUGUUGUCACCAUAAUCAUUGUUUUUCCUGCAGAUAAUUUGCAGAUCGUAGUUCUAUAUUAGAUAAAACUGCUAUUAAUAUAUGUUUACAUGUUCUUGAUUAGUUGAAUCGGGCAACAAUCAAUUUUGACAUUGUUCUGUUAGGUUCUCAAGAGAGCAAUUUUUGUAUAGCUGCUGAAGCAUUCAUUUACGUUUAAUUUAACUGCGUGCUAUCACCCCACA